UUCCUCCAUCACACUUACUAAGGACUGGCAAGAUCUCUGUGAAUGAGAAGGAGCAGAGCAGUGUGGGAUAUGUGUAUGCAAUGGGGGCGGUACAGGAGGGUCGUCCAUUGACCACAGCCCUCUCCAUGCAGGCAGGACGACUCCUGGCCCCCAGGCUCUACGGAGGGCACAGUACAACGUGUGACUACAGUAACGUCCCCACGGUGAUGUUCCCUCCCAUGGAGUACUAUUCUACCUGUGGGCUGUCAGAGGAGAACGCCAUUCUCAAGUUUGGAGAGGACAAUGUGGAGGAGCAUCGACCUGGCCCGGGUAUCCUGGAAGGACAUUGACCUCAUCCCGUCAGUUGAGGAUGCAUGGUCAUUCUUUAAAAGUAACUUCCUCACCAUUUUAGAUAAGCAUGCUCCGUUCAAAAAAUGCAGAACCAAGAACAGAUACAGCCCCUGGUUCACUCCAGACCUGACUGCCCUCGACCAGCACAAAAACAUCCUGUGGCGGACUGCAAUAGCAUCGAAUAGCCCCGUGAUAUGCAACUGUUCAGGGAAGUCAGGAACCAAUACACGCAGUCAGUCAGGAAAGCUAAGGCCAGCUUCUUCAGGCAGAAGUUUGCAUCCUGUAGCUCCAACUCCAAAAGUUCUGGGACACUGUGAAGUCCAUGGAGAACAAGAGCACCUCCUCCCAGCUGCCCACUGCACUGAGGCUAGGAAACACGGUCUCCACCGAUAAAUCCAUGAUUAUCGAAAACUUCAAUAAGCACUUCUCAACGGCUGGCCAUGCCUUCCGCCUGGCUACUCCAACCUCGGCCAACAGCUCCGCCCCCCCCGUAGUUCCUCACCCAAGCCUCUCCAGGUUCUCCUUUACCCAAAUCCAGAUAGCAGAUGUUCUGAAAGAACUGCAAAACCUGGACCCGUACAAAUCAGCUGGGCUUGACAAUCUGGACCCGCUAUUUCUGAAACUAUCUGCCGCCAUUGUCGCAACCCCUAUUACCAGCCUGUUCAACCAGCCUGUUCAACCUCUCUUUCAUAUCGUCUGAGAUCCCCAAGGAUCCCCAAGGAUUGGAAAGCUGCCGCAGUCAUCCCCCUCUUCAAAGGGGGAGACACCCUGGACCCAAACUGCUAUAGACCUAUAUCCAUCCUGCCCUGCCUAUCUAAGGUCUUCGAAAGCCAAGUCAACAAACAGGUCACUGACCAUCUCGAAUCCCACCGUACCUUCUCC